AUGGCCAACGAAAACCCCAAGCUCCUGUGGAACCCCGAAAACGUCAAAGAUGUCGCCGAGUCGGUGGGCAUUGGCUCCAUGAGCGAUGAGGCCCUCAAGGCUCUCGCGCAGGACGUCGAGUACCGCAUCGGCCAGGUCAUCAUUGAGGCUCUCCGCUUGAUGCGCGCGGCACGACGAACGACCAUGACGGUUAACGACAUCUCCUUGGCCCUCCGAGUCCUGGACGCGGAGCCUCUGUACGGCUACGAUUCGACGCGACCUUUGCGAUAUGGCGAGGCGAGCUUGGGACCUGGCCAGCCGCUCUUCUACAUUGAGGAUGAAGAGGUGGAUUUUGAGAAACUGAUCAACGCGCCGCUCCCUAGAGUGCCGCGAGAUAUGAAUUUCACUGCGCACUGGCUUGCCAUUGAAGGUGUUCAGCCCUCUAUCCCUCAGAAUCCGACUUCCGCCGAAUUGCGACCGCAAGAUCUGCUUCCAAAAGGCCCAGGAGCGAACCCUGCGCUGUCAGCUUUGGCUGGGAAUGAUACUUCCGCUGGCCAGCCUUCAGUCAAACAUAUUGUGAGCAAGGAGCUCAUCCUCUAUUUCGACAAGAUUCAGGCCGCCAUCCUCGACGACAAUCCGGAUGAGGAGGUUAUACGACUACGUCAAGCUGCGCUGGGUUCCGUUAGAGAUGAUCCCGGUCUUCAUCAGCUAGUUCCCUACUUCAUCAACUUCAUCAUGGACAGAGUCACACACCAACUCGACGACACAUUCACUCUGAAGCAGAUGAUGGAGCUGACAAAUGCAUUGAUUGAGAACAAGAGCCUGUUCUUAGAUCCGUAUGCCAGCUCCCUCUCCGCACCUGUGCUGACUUGCUUGAUGGCCAGAAAACUGGGCACGGACGAGGGACAGGAUUCGCUGAAAGAGCAAUAUGAUCUUCGUCAGUUGGCGGCCUCAUUACUCGGCCGCAUUGCCCGCAAAUACUCGGCAUCAAACUCACUACUUCGACCAAAGCUCACAAGAACGUGUCUCAAGUACUUCUUGGACCCCACCAAGCCGCCCGCCGUGUUGUACGGCGCAAUUCACGGCCUUCUCGAGGCAGGAGGCACGGAAGCAAUUCGAGUUUUGGUCUUGCGAAACCUCAAGAGCUUUGACUCUGGGAUCCUCCAACCCUUGAAAGAGAAAUCCGAAGGCUCUAUCGAGUAUGAGAUGCUCGUGCAGGGGCUUGUGCAGGCGGUAGCAUCUCUUGCGCAGAGAACCGAUAUAGCAGGUGGUAAUGCAGCGGAAGCCAAUGGAAUUAACGGAAGCACCCCUGCAUCUGAGCUCUCUGACCUCAAUGACUUCCUGGGCCCCAUCGUUGGCGAGAAGAUUGCGACUGCUCGCAACCAUCAGCUGAACAAGACGAUUCUCGAUGCUCGGUUUCUAGAGUAAAAGCAUACAAGGAGGAGUAACAUGUAAACAGCCACAGUUAAAACGGCAUAUGAAGUAGGCGCACGGCGUUUUAGAUUGGUUGAUAUCCGGGAAAAUAGCUUUAUACUGCACGAUUAGUGCGCAUUGUUCAGAUUGUUUAUAAUUCUUUUUUUAAUAUCAAGAUUUGGACAGUUAAUCGAAAAGGCCUUUCAUGGCCAGUUAGUUUUACACUACACCUUCAAUUCCCCGCCCGGUAUAUACUCCCUUUCCGUAUGUAUCCCACUCGCCCCAUUUCCCACCUCUUACAAGCCGAAAGCCAAGUAGCCACCGCCAAGGAUACUUGAAACCCACAGAGCAAUCUCUCCCCUCGUGAUCUGCUUCUUGGCAAAUCCAAUACCCAGGUCGUAUACCAGAUGCUUGAUGCCGUUGAUGAAGUGGAAGGUGAAAGGGAAAGCCAAGGCGAACUUGAUGGCGCCCUUGACGACAAAAGGCAGAGCAGCAAAGCCGGAAGCCAGGGCAGCGCUCUCAAUGUGGAAGCCCAGAAGAGGAGAGGCGAGGUAGGCGGUGAAGUAGACGUAGGCGGCGCCGGAGAGCGCGCAGCCGGUGAUACGAGUCCAAGCGGAGGCGCCGAACCAGGUCUGUUCCAUUUUGUAGAUGCCCAGGUUGGGAGAGACGGGGCGGUCGAGACGCUGCUUGACGAGGAUCUGCUGGCCCUGUUCGGGGGUGAGCUUCUCAGUCGAGAUGAGUCCGGGCCUGAGAAGUCGACAUGGCAGAGGCGAGAACCAUGCGAGGAAUGUUCUGGCUGAAGAAAGCGUUGGGCUUAGUCGCGC